GCCACAAACCUCUGCAGAUUAUGUUUAAAUUCGACUAAUUAAAAAGUUGAAUAGUAAUUUAAUGUAGCAAUCAAUUACUAAAACCCUUUUUUCCUCGUUUUUACCCCACAAAUGACUGGCGUGAUGUCAUUUCCUGGCAGGAGCGGAAAAUAUCGGGCUAUUCUCUUUAGUGUUUGCCCUGUCUACACUCACCCUCUAUACCUCUUCCCCGUGUUUUCAUACUAAACCAGUACAGAACCCCUUUAAACGGGACGAAGCCGAACAGACACUACAGUUUAACAACGUAACUCAUGGAGUAAAUCACAACCGAAGAGAAAUAAACCGAGGUUGAGCUUUGCAGUCGUCCUGCAUUCUACAAACUCUCACUGUGUCGUUCUCUCUCUUUCACGUACAACCCUUCUUUGUGAAGUUCUCUUCCUACCUGACUGCAAAGUCUAUACCAGGUCAUUCAAACAACCCACCUUCCUACCAGCCAAUCAGAAUGUCACAGCUUCAGUUUCAGGCGCCUGGCAACCCUGCACCCAGUGCUACCCCUUUACAGCUGGCCCUGCCCCAACCCGGGUUCAGCAUUCCCUGUGCCACUGCUCCCUUACCCUCAGAGAGUGCCAGUCACCCGCUCCGAAACUCCGCUCUGCCUUCUGCCUCCGCCACACCCUUCUGCAACCCCACAGUAUCUAACAUGGCAAACCCUAAAGAGAAAACUCCUAUGUGUCUGGUAAAUGAGUUAGCCCGUUACAAUAAGAUCCAACCUGAAUACAAGCUACUCAGUGAACAAGGGCCAGCCCACUCCAAGGUAAGACUUGGCGCUUUACUGUAUACACACACACACACAAAACCAUCUCUUCCCACCUGCCUGAACUUUCUGAUGUUGUGGUGUGUUGGUCAGAUUUUCUCAGUGCGGUUAACUCUGGGGGAUCAGCACUGGGAUGCAGAGGGGACCAGUAUCAAAAAAGCCCAGCACUCAGCAGCAACAUGUGCUCUCACCCAAACUACUCUCCCCAAACCCAGUCACAGAAGUCCCCGCCACCCAGGCAAGAACCCAGAUAAUGUAACCCACACUGUGGAGCUUAAUGCACUUUGUAUGAAGUUGGGCAAGAAGCCCAUCUACAAACCUAUAGAUGCCUACCCGGGGAUGAGACCAGCAUUCAACUACAACAUCAGAGCACCAGGCCCUUAUGCACACUCCAUGCAGCAUUAUUACUACCCAUUUCCUCCUGUGGGGCCAGUACUGUAUCAAAUGGAGCUGUCUAUCGGUGGACAACAGUUCCAUGGCAAGGGCCGCACGCGUCAAGCAGCCAAACAUGACGCUGCGGCUAAAGCUAUCAAAUAUCUGCAGAAAGAGCCAAUAAUGCAGCAAAUAGCUGAGAUGAAAGAAGAGCCAGUACAAGAAAACCUUAACAGGUCAGAGAUCAGCCAAGUGUUUGAGAUUGCACUGAAGCGCAACAUGCCUGUGAAUUUUGAGGUGCUAAAAGAGACUGGGCCUCCUCACAUGAAGAGUUUUGUGGUGCGGGUAACAGUGGGCGAGUUUUCAGGGGAGGGUGAAGGCAAAAGCAAGAAGAUCGCCAAGAAACUAGCUGCCAUCGCUGUCCUGGAGGAGCUCUGCAUACUGCCUCAACUACCUGUCAUCGACAAGAUACCACUACGCAUUAAAAAGAAAAGCAAGUCCAUUAUUAAGCUGCAGACCAGUCCCGAGUACGGUCAGGGCAUGAACCCCAUCAGCAGACUGGCUCAGAUCCAGCAAGCUAAGAAAGAAAAAGAGCCUGAGUACACUUUAGUGACAGAGAGAGGACUGCCUCGACGCAGGGAGUUUGUCAUGCAGGUGUCAGUUGCAGGUAAGAAUGCAGAGGGAAUGGGACCUAGUAAAAAAGUGGCCAAGCGAAAUGCAGCCGAGAAGAUGCUGGAGCUUCUGGGCUUCAAAGUGCCUCAGCCACAGCCACCCAAACCGGCACUGAAAAUGGACGAGAAGGCACCUGCUAAGAAACCUGGAGAUGGACGUAAAGUGACCUUCUUUGAGCCAGGCUCUGUGGAGAAGGCUGGUCUUGUCAAUAAGGAGGAAGAUUUCCGAGUUCCCUUCCUCAGCCAUCAGCAGCUUCCUGCUGGCAUUUUACCCAUGGUGCCUGAAGUGGCACAGGCGGUGGGUGCCAACCAGGGACCCCAUGCCAAAGACUACUGUCGCACAGCUGCCCCCAACCCAGCCAAGACCACAGUAACGGCCAUGAUUGCCAAUGAGCUGCUGUAUGCUGGGACGUCCCCGACUGCGGAGGGUAUACUGAAGACCAACAACAGCUUGGCACACAGACCCCACGGACCCCUUACCAGACCGUCCGAACAGCUCAGCUACCUGGCCACUAUACAGGGCUUACAGGUUGAAUACAAAGACUUUCCCAAAAAUAACAAGAAUGAGUUUGUGUCUCUGAUCAACUGCUCCUCUCAGCCCCCUCUCAUCAGCCAUGGCAUCGGCAAGGAUGUGGAGUCCUGCCAUGACAUGGCUGCUCUGAACAUCCUUAAGCUCCUGUCAGAACUUGACCAGCAGUCCAAUGAGCGCACAGCUAAUGGACCAACGACCGGGUGCAACAAACAAGACCUCGAGGGCGAUGCAUUAUUAAAACCGGCUAACUCAAGCACCAUCGGAAAGACUCUGGAUGGCACAGUGUAGAAUUGACUAUUUGAUUGGUCGUUUUAUUUGCGAAACACUAGAGAAAAGUCAGAAGCAGAGUUUUGAUUGGCUGCUCAAAAAGGCCUUUGAGUAAUUCUUAAUAGAUCUUAGAUCAAAAGAAGUUAAAGUAUUUAAACCAGUUAAACAAGGUCGAGAGAUGUUGAUGUUAAAUUGUUCACAUGCAGUGAUGCAUCUUUAAACGCUAAGGCUUUGGGAAAAGUCGCCUCAUCAUAUCCAGUGAAGUGGUGGUUUUGUUUUUGUUGUUAAAUUGUAAAACGAUUAUCGUGAGGUUGGACUCGAGUAGAUUGGCUUUUCUUCGUUGCUCCAAGGAAGUCAUGUUUUCAGUGUCAUGAUUUUGUUUGUUCUCGCUUUUAUUUUUUUCGUUUAUUUUUAACGUUGUAUUAUAGGAACCCAGCCAGUUGGGUUGUUGUGUUAGCGCUGUUGUGAAGUGCAGUAUAAAACCCUAUCGAAGGAUAUGAUGAAGCUUUCAAAUACGUCUCUGCUGUGGUGGUUUUUCUCCAGUGCUUUUUUGAGUUACAAUGACGACCAUAACACUCA